CGGCACUUAUACGUAGAUGAACCUAAGCCUCACAUUUACAAAUAUGCACACGUAGCUAUAAUCCCCUGUGUCUCUAUAAAUUUAUAUUUUAUAUUCCCUAAAUCGUCAAUUUCGGCUAAUUUCAAGUUAUUAUAAAUUAAUUAUCUUCUGAAAAAUAUAAAUACUUGAAUUAAUUUUUUAGCCAUUUUCAGAUUUCUCCGAGGAAAAAAAUGGCGUCUGGUUUGAUCGGAAGAUUGGUUGGAACGAAACCGUCGAAAUUAGCCACGGCGGCGAGGUUAAUUCCGGCGAGAUGGACCUCUACAGGAGCGGAGGCGGAAACAAAAGCUUCCUCUGGCGGCGGAAGAGGAUCGAACUUGAAGACUUUUCAGAUCUAUCGAUGGAAUCCAGAUAAUCCAGGGAAGCCAGAGCUUCAAAAUUACCAGAUCGAUCUCAAAGAUUGUGGUCCAAUGGUAUUAGAUGCUUUGAUUAAGAUCAAAAACGAAAUGGAUCCAUCUCUUACUUUCCGUAGAUCAUGCCGUGAAGGGAUCUGUGGUUCAUGUGCUAUGAACAUUGAUGGAUGUAACGGACUUGCUUGUUUGACAAAGAUUCAAGAUGAAGCAUCGGAGACGACGAUUACACCGUUGCCUCAUAUGUUUGUGAUUAAGGAUUUGGUUGUUGAUAUGACUAAUUUUUAUAAUCAGUAUAAGAGUAUUGAGCCGUGGUUGAAGAGGAAGACUCCAGCGUCUGUUCCUGCUAAGGAGAUUUUGCAGAGUAAGAAGGAUAGAGCUAAGCUUGAUGGGAUGUAUGAAUGUAUUCUUUGUGCUUGUUGUAGCACAUCUUGUCCUAGUUACUGGUGGAAUCCUGAGUCUUACCUUGGUCCAGCUGCUUUGCUACACGCUAAUAGGUGGAUAAGCGACAGUCGUGAUGAGUACACUAAGGAAAGACUUGAGGCUAUUGACGACGAGUUCAAGCUUUACCGUUGCCAUACAAUCUUGAAUUGUGCUCGUGCCUGUCCAAAGGGUUUGAACCCAGGAAAACAGAUUACUCACAUCAAGCAACUUCAGCGUUGAAACAGCUAAGUUUGUGUGCGGGAUCCGUUGGGAAACUCAUCAGUCUUAACGUUUGAAGCUAAUAAUCUUCACAAAACCUCUUCGGAUUUUCAAUUCAUUCUUGUAUUGUUGUUGCCAAAUAUUAGCGCCUUAAAAAAACUCGUUUGCAAGUCUUCCCAAGUAGAUGAGCUUUGUGGUUGUAUCUUGCUGAAAAUCUCCUCUUUAAGUAAUAAAACUCGAGUAAACUUAAACCUCAUCUACUUAUCAUCUACUCUUUUGUGUUCCCUCUGCAUUGGCCUAUGAUAAAAUCAUUUCAUGUACUUGUGUCUCUGCCUUCUGUACACAUGAACACAACGUGAUGUAUUAUCAAUCAUAGCUUAAUCAUAGAAAAGUAUCAAUCAUAACUUCCUUGACAUUUAUGAUUGACUGCGUAAGUAUAACUGCAAGUACUGAUCACACAACAAACAAGAAAGAUGACACCGGCAACACUAGCUAUAUUCUUUGUCUCUUUGGUUACUAUUGGAACAGCAACCGAUGUUGCUCCAGCAACUAAACAACAGUUUGAGUUCUUUCCGAGCUUGCGGGAGCAUCAGAAGUCUCUAUUUGUUACUGUGGAAGGCUGCAACAACCAUUGCCUAACAGCUUGCUGUGACUGCAACAUAGAAAAACAGCCUCCCGUUUGUGUUCAGUGUUGCCCGAUUUGAGCCUUGAACUCCUUAUGUUCAUGUAUGUUUGAAGACUAGAGACAAUGUAGAAGAUUUAAAACACAAUUCAGGAUGUCAAACUUGUGAAACAGAGGAAGCUUAUGUGAUAUUUUAUAAGUAAAAAAAACAGAUAUCACAAAUAGAGAGAGAUCAGAGUUUGUAUUGUAAAAGCCUACAAAUUUUCGCAAUCUGUUGAUGGAAUAAAUUCAUUGAACAGAUCGUAAUAUCAAAGAUGAAAACACUUCUGUCUCACUCAGAGUCUUUGGAUCACAAACACCGUUACACAUCGCAAUAAUUAACACGUCAUCAUAAAUAUCCCACGUGUAGAAUCCUCGACAACUGAAAGAAUCACUCUGAUUGGUUACUUAACAUACGACGCAGAUAGCAAAGAUAAAAACAAUCUUGACCGUUUAGAGGAAAACACAUCUAACGGACCAAAUUCUCUCUUCUUUGAGUAUAAAAAAGCAUCCCAACCUCACUCUGUAUAUACCAAUCAAACACGACAGUCUCAACAAUCAAAAGCUUCAAAUUUUUCAUUGUCAAGAAUUCUCAAAAUGGCUAGAACAAAGCAAACAGCUAGAAAAUCCACCGGAGGAAAAGCUCCUAGAAAGCAACUGGCGACGAAAGCAGCAAGGAAAUCAGCUCCAGCCACCGGAGGAGUGAAGAAGCCACACAGAUUCCGUCCAGGAACAGUAGCGUUACGUGAAAUCAGAAAGUAUCAAAAAAGCACAGAGCUUUUGAUCCGUAAGCUUCCUUUCCAGAGAUUGGUUCGUGAGAUAGCUCAAGAUUUCAAGACGGAUCUUAGGUUUCAGAG